AGAAUGCUGACUAUGCGAGACAGCUAUAUUAGAACUCGGCUCACUAGCAGUGCAGGCACAGAAAGCAAAUAGCCCACCAUCGAACAGCAUUGCUUUAGUUUAUAAGAAUGCUUUUGCUAAAGAACUCAACAUAAAUUAUGAAAUAAUGAAGUUGUGCUGUUGACGACUGCAAAAGCAGUUUAUAGUUCAUCUUUUUAUCAUCUGUUAUCUGCGUAAAAAGUGCUUCUCUUGCUUGAGCUGUUGUUGAUUUGACAGAACCGUGUGACCCGAUAAGCACUGAUCAUCGGACGAAACGAUCUGCUGUUCCUUCGCUGGAUUUAUUGACAAAGUUACAGGAAAAUUUAUUGUCAUCAUCAAAAAAGACCCAAGCUACAGAGACUGAUAGCUACAGAAAAAUGAUGGUUCUUUUGUACUUCUUUUUGGGAAUAUUAUUGCCAUCUAAAAUAUCAUCCAUUGACUCAGCAAGUUCUGCUGGAUUCAAAAGACAAGUCCGUCAAAGUGAAGCAUUCAAAGUAGCCGAGCAGGCAAUGCUCAAGUCUAUGGGCCUAAAGACUCGACCACGGCCAAGGAAAGGGUUUCGGGUUCCAAAGUAUAUGUUAGAUUUGUACAAUAGCGACAUUGAACAUCCUGAAUGGACUUCCACGAGAUUCAGAUUCGCUAACAAGUGGACGUCAGUGAAUACAGUCAGAGCGUUUCAUCAUCAAGAUGACCUCUUCCAACGUCAAGCUGGCAAAAAGACCAUCAUCAAAUUUGAUCUUUCAACGUUUCCCAAACACGAAGCKGUUCAUUCUGCAGAACUGCGCCUCUUUAAGAAAGAACCAAUGAAACUUGCAAAUAACACGCACAUUAGAAUAAAGUUAUACCGCGUUACGCAGACGAGCUGGCAACCCAUGCUCACUACAACUCUUAUUGAUUCAAGAAUUGUAAAUAUUACAGCAAAAGGUUGGGAGACAUUUGAUGUUCGCACAGCGGUAGAUCAUUGGAUUCGUAACCCGUUGAAUAAUCUCGGUCUUGAAGUACAAAUCACGUCUAGAGAUGGAAAACCGGUCAACAUAUCAGCUACGGAAUUUACAACAAACAUUGAAAAUCGAGAAAAAGAGAGACCACUGCUCGUUACGUAUGCGCACGAUCCACACAAUCACCAUCACGUAAGAAAGAAACGCAGCACUCACUCGUCAAGGAAACGUAAGCGACCCCAAUACUGCAGACGUCAUGCACUAGCUGUAGACUUUAGCGAUGUGGGCUGGAAUGAUUGGAUAGUAGCUCCUCGAGGAUAUGAUUCAUUCUAUUGUGGAGGUGAAUGUCCUUAUCCYAUAACAAAACAUCUGAACGGUACAAACCACGCCAUUGUACAGACCAUAAUUAAGGGCGUUAACCCUAAAGUACCAAAUGUGUGUUGCAUACCUACAACUUUGAGUCCUAUCAAUAUGCUUUACAUGGAUGCAUCUGAUAAAGUGGUGCUUAAAAAGUACAAAGAGAUGGUGGUAGAAGGGUGUGGAUGUCGGUGAUCACWACUGAUGUGGGCUGAUUGCCAUUAUUCGCUACUCAACGCCGUCUCUCCAUGCUAAGACUGCUGAACACAGGGUAUGAAUUGCCCUCAAACCCCUACAGAAGGAAACUACCAUAAAAUAAARUAUCAAGACAUUCCUUGAUACAUAAUAUAUAAAUAGACCGUUUAGCAUGAACUGAGAAUAGGCCAAUAUUAAUCUAGUCCAGUUAAUCCACUUCUCUCGACUAUACACAUCUUAUGUUUUCAAAUUGGCAACGUAUCGUCAAUAUUGAGGAUGUUCGUAUAGAGUGUAGGCUGUGAAGACAAUUGACCCGUGAAAGAAAAUCAUUUCAGCCAGUAAAAAAACAAGGGUAACGAAUACRGUUCGUAAGGGCAAAUUAGCAUAGCUCGUCAAAUAAAACCAGUAUUCACAACCAAUGGAUUGGCUAUUACUAUAAGUUUAUAAAAAAAAUGGCGACUAGAUUUGAAAAUGUUAAACACUAUGUAUUACUCAAAASCAAAUAGAUCAUUAAAUUUCCUUAUUCAUUGGUUGUGAGUAUAAUAAAACUAAUCAUUCUACUGAAUCUCGUGGAAUAAAUAGUCGAUAUUUUACUGUAAUAAAUCCACAAGACUUAAACACGCGUGUUCAAUAAAGUAAGCGCCGUGAUUUUCGUCUUUCAGAAAAACGACAACAUAUGUUCAUGUUAAAUAUAUUAAAUUACGGCUAGAAGGAUUCAUAAUAAUUACUAACAUGUAUUUUUGAAUCACCAUCGUUUUUAACAUGAAGCUAGUGUCAAAAAUACAUGUUUUGAAUAAGUAUGUUUAUGUUACUUUAGUUCUUUUACGAACGACAAGAAUCGGUUCACUAAGUAUUGAAAGUAUACUCAAGCACACGUAUUGAUUCRGCAUUUUUCAUCAAAAAAGAAGAGUUUAGACUGUGGUAAAUUAUGUUUAGCAACUUUUAAAAAUUCGAAAAAAAGUGCGCUUUUGGGGGAACAAUUAAUGGAAAAACUACACGUCAAUUGGCGAUCUCUUUUACACUGCGUUAGCGUCAAAAACAUGCAAAUAUAUUCUUUAACCACCCGUGCAAAUGCAAGAGAUCUGUGAGUAUAGACGACAAUGAAAAUAGUUUGAAAUCUCACGAGUUUUAUCUACAUUUUUGCAUCUUUACACACAAUUGAGGCUAACCGUAAAAGAGAUCGCGAGACUCAACUAUUGCACCAUUCUUCUUAUUGAGAUGUCAAUUUUUAAUAGCCCCAAAAUUCAUCAAAAUUAAUCUACCAAAUUCGUCAAUAGUUAAAUGCUAMGAUUUUUUAAGAAUACGUGAUUGGUGCACGGUCUGAGGCUAACAUUGAUAGCCGUGYGUGACGUCAGUUUGUGACGUCAUUGUCUAUUCCCGUUUUUUAUUCGCUUGUUCAUUUUUUUACUUUGUGUCGAUAUGAAAGUUGAAUAAACCAAAAUUGCUGAAUCAUUAGAAGCACUGUAAAUAAAUAAAUCACAUGACAAAAAAAACCCCUGAA